GCCGGGCCGGCCGGGCAGGGAGUGCGGGUCGGUUCAGUGCGCGCUGCCGGACGAGGCUCCCGCUGCCGAUAGACCCGCGCUCCGCCCCGUAGCCCGGCCGAACACCGUCAUGUGCCAGGCUAGGCCUAUAGCCUAUGGACACUACAGUCUGUCUCCCAGGAAACCUGGUAGCUAAUGUCAGAAGAAAGUGACUCUCUGCGAACCAGCCCCUCUGUGGCCUCGCUCUCGGAAAAUGAGCUGCCGCCACCGGCCGAGCCUCCCGGCUACGUGUGCUCGCUGACAGAAGACCUGGUCACCAAAGCCAGGGAGGAGCUGCAGGAGAAGCCCGAAUGGAGACUUCGAGACGUGCAGGCCCUCCGUGACAUGGUGCGGAAGGAGUGCCCGAACCUGAGCACCUCCCUGGACGACGCCUUCCUGCUACGCUUCCUCCGAGCCCGCAAGUUCGAUUACGACCGGGCCCUGCAGCUCCUGGUCAACUACCACAGCUGCAGGAGAAGCUGGCCCGAGGUCUUCAACAACCUGAAGCCGUCGGCCUUAAAGGAUGUCCUCGCUUCUGGAUUCCUCACCGUGCUGCCCCACACCGACCCCCGGGGCUGCCAUAUCCUCUGCAUGCGCCCAGACAGAUGGAUACCAAGCAACUAUCCAAUUACCGAAAACAUCCGAGCCAUAUACUUGACAUUAGAAAAACUCAUUCAGUCUGAAGAAACCCAGGUGAAUGGAAUUGUAAUUCUUGCAGACUACAAAGGAGUGAGCUUAUCAAAAGCAUCUCACUUUGGCCCUUUUAUAGCCAAAAAGGUGAUUGGCAUCCUUCAGGAUGGCUUCCCCAUUCGGAUAAAAGCAGUGCAUGUAGUGAAUGAACCUCGAAUAUUUAAAGGCAUUUUUGCCAUCAUAAAACCAUUUCUGAAGGAGAAAAUAGCAAACAGAUUCUUCCUCCACGGGUCCAACCUGAACUCUCUGCACACAAGUCUUCCCAGAAGCAUUCUCCCCAAGGAGUAUGGGGGCACGGCUGGAGAGCUGGACAUCACUGCCUGGAAUGCAGUGCUGCUGGCCUCGGAGGAGGACUUCGUGAGAGAGUUCUGCCAACCUGUCCCUGUCUGCGACAGCAUCCUGGGCCAGGCCCCGCCUCCUGAGGGUCUGACCCCAGAUGCGCAGUGUGAUGAUUCUCUGCGGGCCGUGAAAUCACAGCUCUACUCCUGCUAUUAGCCAGUCCCCUGUGAGUGCCGCCAUCUUUAAAUCCUUUCCUUUUUCUUUGGCGAGGCACAAGGAGAGUCUGAGGUGCCAUGGAGUCUGUCUUGCUCCUUGUAAUUAAACUGCAGCCUGUAGAGCUCUGAGGGUAAGCCAUGGGGUAAGCCCUUGGUGACUCUUGAAUUAAUCCAUGGAAGAUAUGGAAAAUGUCCCCAGUGAUUCCCAAACGUUUGGAAUCCCAGUUUGCAACCAUAAUCUGGAAGCUGUAUCUGGUUCUUAGAGAUCUUGGGAACAAGAAAAAUCAGGACCAAAGUCAUUUUGGUUCCACAUUCCAGGAGAAAACCACCUGAUCAGCACACUCCUAUGAAAGAACCUGGCCGAGCCUACAAGGUGGCCACACCAGGAGACUUUGGGAGUUUGUGUCUUUCACCUGAACCCUAACUACAGACUUGUGUUGCUCAUCAGGAAAUUUCUAGUUUGAGGCCCAGGCCCCAGCUGCCACACUGGGUUUGGAAAGCACCUUAAUCAAAUCAUCAUGGGAGCAUCAGGACAUAAGCAGCACUUCCUGAUCAAAUUUGGGAGCCAGAGACUUGAAAGUACCUCUGGGAUUCACUGACUGACUCUUGCAAUGGAAACUGAAGUUUUCCCCAAACCUAUAAAGCCUUAGCCCUGGUUCUCAAUAGAAUCAUACAGGAUCCUAGAGGUAUGUGAUUUUACUCAGUCUAAAACGCUAGAUGCCAGGCCUGAGGAGCUAAAAGAAUUCUGGCCCAGGAAUGAAGAGAGCAGGGCUUCAGCCCCAGAAGUGCGACCCUGGACAAGACCUGGGCCUCUGUGGGCCUCAGCCUUCUCAUCUAUAAAAUGAAGCAGGAUGAAAUGAUGCCUAGGGCCUUGACUGCUGACGUUCUGGGAUUUGGUUUAGUUAUUGAAUGCUAGACAAUGGUUUUCUGCCUAGAAAAAUGGCUCUCUAGAGGCAAGUGGUUGGAUCCUGCUUUUUUUGUGGUACACCAGGGUCUUCCCAAGAGGCAUGUAUUACCAAUUGGCCCUGCCAUUAAGGAAAGUAAUAUGUGUAUUCCUGGGACCUGGCAACAGCCAACUUCCUUUUUGUAGGAAGGGUUAAACUGGAAAAGGGCAGGUGAAAUGACCAGGGUUCAUGUGAAUUCCUUCUAUCCCCAAGGCUCUGGCGGUACACUGGAAACCUGGGAGCAGGGAAUGGCUAAAUUACUUGGGAUUCUUAAAUUUUGGUCUCUGGAAACGAAUGCACGAGCGGGUCAUCGCUGGAUCACUUCUGGGGCCCCCGCCCUCCCAGAUACGCUUGCAUUUCUCUCUGGUGUGGGCGGACUGACUUGAGUCUAGCCAGUGAGACCAAAUGUUAGUUCUCCGUUUCAGCACUUUAGACCCUUCCUGUCAAAACUUCAGCCUUAGCCCAACCAUCCAACUAGGUGGUUCAGCUGGUGGCUUUUGACCGAUUUCCUUUCGUAUUCAUUCCUUGAAAAUUAUGGCAUUAAAAAGCGACAAGUUACUAUGUGUUGUCUAAGUACCUUCUCCAUGCAUUUAUUUAUGAGGCCACCGGGCAAGGGGACAACAGCUCAGGUAGGAAGAGGACAGUGCUCUGAAAGGCAGAGGCCAGUCUAUUGUUAAUAAGCUCUUCAUAAUCAUAGCACUGUUUAAAAUGCAUGGAGAAGUUGGUGGUGAAAAUGAUUCACUUCAUUAGUGCCAACUCCAGGGAAGGCUCUUCCCUGUAGAUACUAACCCUGGAUCCUCUAGGACCUGGCAGAGCUGGAAGUGCCAGCAUGCAGACCCCUGGCAGCCUCCAGUUCCAUCUGCCAAGGACAGUGUGACCAGCACUGCUGAAAAGAUCUCAGUAGCACAAGUAGGAUGGCUCAAGUAGAAGGUUCAGAACCCAACUGCUUGGACGUGGGAAUUGGUUAGAGGUGAUUUUCAACCUCAAAGAGGAAAGAGAGAUUAAAAAACAAAACCACCACCACCCCCAAGCUAGAUAGAGGGAGAAAUGAACUGUUCAGCCCCACUGAGUUUCCCAGUGUACACGUUGCACUGCGUUCCUGGCCAGUUUUGCCCGUGUCCAUUUGACUUUAAAAGCUUGCGUGUGUGUAAGCUCACCUAGACAAGUAUCUCCAAGACCGGGAUGUUGCCCAUUUCCUAGACCUUUCCAGUUGGCCCAAGGAGUCAGAGCCAAGAUUUGUCUGCCUUCUGCAGCUGCUGUGUUUUAUUUUGGUUCCAAAGAGAGAUCAAAUAGUUUGGACACCUCAGGGGGUUUGAACCAAGCUGUGAAAGCAGGACCUCCCUGGGUGAAAAUCAAGGCAGUUUCUGUGCAGCUUCACCAGGCGUCUGUAUAGAGCUGCCCCAGCGGGGUGGGGGAAUGACAAAGGGACCAAGGGAGCCUGAUUCAGGAGCGGGGUACACUGAUGGGACAAACAAGUGAGCACAGGGAGAACUGGGAGUGUUUUCCUUCAGGGAAAGGUUCUGGCCUAUUUCACAAACAUCUGAAAAGUAACUUUUCCCUUAAUUCAGGGUACUAUGGUAUAGGAAAGGGAAAGGAGGAGUGUACCAGGAGACCUGAGUUCUGGCUUUACACUGCUGUGGCCUUGGAUGAGCCACUGAACACCCCUCAAUCACAUGAUAAAAGGGAUCCCCACUCUGAGCUCUGAACCCUCUAUUUUAGGCAUCAUUUGGCUUUACUGCCAGAGGGACAUUGUAGUCUACCUUUUAGAGGCCUUUUUCUUUUUUUCCCCCAUCUGGAUUACUUUAUAGGAAAUGUAGGUCUGAAUGAACUGACAUCUGAAGCUCCCAAAUGAAUCUGUAAGCUUAGGUAAUAUGGGGGUUUUCUUCCUCUUCUCUUCUAUAGAAUCUGGAAAAUUAUGCCUCUUCCUGGAAUCCUGUUCUACCUUCACGGAGAGAGGCUGGAAGAAAUGUGCAGAAACAACUGUGCAACUCUGGCUUCCUCUCCCGAGCUUACCUGCUUUGGGCAGAAGUGGCUUUAGCUUCCCCAUACUUCAUCUCGUUUUCACAAGGAGCCACUUGUCCUUAGAGGUUUACAAACAGUUCAGCUUGUAAGAUACUACAUUUCUGCCAGACUCAGAGGACAGGAAGAGGUAUUUCCCCCCGGAUUCCUGUGAGCUACUGAGCCUUUCUGAAUUCUCCCGGUGGGCAGGUUCUUUAAAUGCCACCGGAUUCUCCAAUCAGUUACGGGAUUGCUUUUUCACUUGGGUAGGCAAAAGCUGUGGUACUGUUGUGGAUUAUAUUACUUCAUUUUAAAGUCUUUAGCUUUUAAGGUUUUCCUUUGAAGCCUCUUCUUCCAUUGAGGAAGUGAAGUGUUAGCCAAGGUAACGAUUGCAUCAGUGUGUCUGUUCUGUGGAUGUGCGGAGACACCAAACAGAAACAUCUCAACUGUUGAGGAAAGAGGUCCGUCUGGUGAUGUCUCUCAGUAUUGGGACUCGUUAAUUUUGUAAAUCUAAAGUAAAUUCCUUUCUGCUUUCCCGACUCAAAACUGGUUUGCUUGAAAUGCAAGGGACAGGUAUCAUCGGUCAAAUAUUCCUCCUAACAGAGCUUUCUCCACAGGAAGGCCCGGUGUGACUCGUGGAGGUGCUAGUGAUGAACUGGCCGUUUGCCAAUUCACUGCUUCUCUUUUGGGCUCACCAGGCAGCACGUUUAGUUGGGCAGAAAGUCAGCUGCUGUUGGGGAUUCUUGGGCUAUGCGUCCGCCUCUUGGCACAUCAGGUGGUAACCUGUCACGGGUGAGAUGCCUGAGGCCUCUCAGGGGCCAGGAGCCUCUGAUCCCACGCUGACAGGGUGGGAGGCGGGCUGAUUUUCUGACCAGACUGGGGCACCAUUUCAGCCACUGAUCACAUUCCUCGCUUCAAACUGAAAUUCAGUUUAGCUUUGAGUAUAUGGACACGUGGUGGUGGAUUCAUCUACUUCAGUGUUUGUUUUGACCAAAAGUUUAUUUUUCUAGUGCAUUUUCUACGUCAAAGUGGUGAAAACAUGUAAUUUUAGUAUGCAUGACUGGGUCUUAAUAAAAAUCCUGUAAGGCUGUA